UUCCUCUCCUCCAGUCGGUGCUGUCUGCGCGAGCCUCCGCUACACACGGGCCCGACACUGCGGAGGCGCGCGCGCACGGCAAGGAAGCCCUUUACAUUAGGUGACUCAGGUAUGGCCAGACAGAGCAGAGAGAGGGAUUAAAUGGCUGUGCUUCAUCAUGAUGUCUUUGUGUGACGGCGUUCAAGUGCAAAGAUGGUUCGUACAGAGCGGUAGAACGGGAUUGAAGCCAAAGUCCAGUUGGCUUUAAAACACGGUUACAUGGAUGAUUCACUCACUGCAGCUUUAAAUGAAAUUGAAGUCAUGUACACAUUUUACUCCAUAUAGCAGAGGGAUAAGGAAGAAGGAAGCAAUCGGUGGAACCCUGGUGUGUGAGAGAAGCUGAUGAAAAUGGUGAAGGAAUGGUUAUGUCCCAGACAUGCAGCUCAUCCGUGUAAUUGUGCCGCAAAUGAAUGGUCUCUGUGGACUCUCGUUCCAUCAGGACUGCAGCACAGUUAACCCUAGUCAGACAUGGCUAAAAGAGACUAUCUGGUGGAUGCGGCCAAGCAAAUCCGCAUGGCCCUGGACAGAGAAGUCAACGAGGACUACGAAGCUGCAUUUAGCUACUAUAAGAAUGGUGUGGACCUGCUGCUAAAUGGAGUUCAAGUGGAUCCAAAUAAAGAGAGACGUGAGGCUGUGAAGCGGAAAACCACUCAGUAUCUGAAGAGAGCGGAGGAGAUCUUUAACUCUCAUCUACAGAACAACUUCGGCAAAGACACCACACAGUUAGGGGGUUACAGCAGCCUAAGGUUCAGGUCUAUCAGACAUCUGAGCUCACCUGUGGAGGACCUGGAGAUGUGUAAAGUGGUGGGGAUUAUUGAUAAGGUCCUGACUGUCCAAAACCUGAUUAGCAAGGAGACGUUUGUGAUUAAGAGCCUGCCUAAGUCCAGCUGGGAGAAUCGAGAGCGUUCUACCAUCAUCCCCCAGGGUGUCCCGUUCAUGGUGAAGUUACUGAGGUACUACGUCAGCGAGGACUCUGUGUUCCUGCAUCUAGAACAUGUUCAAGGUGGAAGGCUUUUCUCCAAACUGCACCGGGUCAGGAGUGAGCUAGCCAGAGAACAUCCAGACUGCUCCACCCCCAACCAGCACAAGUUCCAGCUAAAGAACAGCUACACCUCACCUGCUCUCACCCAGCUGUACCACAUGAAUGGAGAACACCACCAGGGAACACCUAUAUUACCUGAGAGGGAGAAUUUAGAUAUCUUAGAAACGGACGGUGGACUGUCUCUAUGGAAUGAGACCGAGCGGCAGCUCGACAGCUAUAGCACACACUCGUACUGUGAGGAAACAGGAUGCCUGCAGAAUUCCCGGUCGGAAAAAGCUGAAUUCCAGCAAGGGCAGUCCUCUCACCCUUAUGCAAUAAGGACAGAUUCCAUUUCCAGUUUUAGCACUGGUCCGCAAGAUUGUCUUCUUUCUCAGGAAAGUUUUCCACUUCCUGUUCAUCCCUGUGUGAUUGUGGACACUCGAGAUCCACUUAGUGUCACAACCGAUCUUUUAGGAAACGACGUCCAUAUUGAGCGGAUCGACUCAAGCUUAGAUUUUGAUAAAGUAUGGACUGGCAUACCGGCUCAGGAACAGUGUUUAACAGGAUACAGGUCAAAUCCAGACAUUCUAGGAAUCAACAGAGCACCUCAGAUCACACUGAGCUCUUUAUUUGAUGCCACACAGCCAACCCUGUGUAGCACAGUUAACAUCCUUCCACAGAAAGUUCGUAUAGUUCCCAACACCCUGCCAUUAUCCUCACAGAACCAAAAACAUAAUGACAUUACUCAGAACAAAACGAGUAAUUCUGACAGUUCCCAGUAUACGGUAAGUUUAAGCUCAGGAAAUUCCCUACCGGGUACAGAGUACUGCAAUGGAACACGAUCUACUGUGGAAAACAAACUUCUGAGACCUUUCGCCUUAGACUUCAUGACAACAGCUCCUCAGGUGAACAAUACUGUGGAGAUUGGAGAAGAGAAUUGGGAAAUCCUUAGCCCACGUUACUCAGAUAAAACACCAGAUCCUUUGUUCAGGCCUCGCUCUUCUCAAGAGGAGCAGCUUAUAGAAGUUGACGGCUGGUGUCACUUGCCUCAGUUUAGGCCGAGGAGCCACACUGUGAAGCAACAACCUGUUCGAUGGGGUCUUCCUGAAGUAGAGGUGAGAAUGUGGGGAGCACAGAUCCUGUUGGCUCUUGAGAGUCUUCAUGAGCAAGGCAUCGUGUGCCAGGACCUCAACCCCAGGAACAUCCUGCUCAAUAGCAAUGGAAAUGUGUGCCUGACUUACUUUGGACAGUGGACUGAGGUUCAGUCAGAAGUUAGUCCUAAAGCUAUGGAUGAAAUGUACUGUGCACCAGAGAUUGGGGGCGUAUCCAAAAUCACAGAGGCGUGUGACUGGUGGAGUCUGGGAGCUUUACUGUUUGAACUUCUUACUGGAAUGCCUCUGUGGCAGUGUCAUCCUGCUGGCGUCCAUCCACACACACAGCUACGUAUUCCAGACCACUUGAGCACUGCAGCUGCCUCGCUACUCACAGAGCUCCUUCAGUAUGAUGCUGGCUAUCGACUGGGCUCUGGAGGUGGAGGUGUGAGCGACAUUAAGUACCACCCCUUUUUUCACUCUGUUCCUUGGCACACACUGGCCAGUUAAAUGAUACAGGGUCUGUUACACUGGCCAGUAAAAGGACACGGGGUCUGCUACAUGAAACGCCCAACACCAGAGGUUCAUGAGAAAUCCACAUUCAAAGAAAAGCCUUUACUGCCCCCUGCUGGUGUAGGAAACAAGGAGCAUCUCCAAAACAUCAACUGAACAUGGGGGGGGGGAGAACUAUCCAGUUUAAUUACAGCAAUUAACAUUUAAAACACUUCUGACUAAAAUAACAGACAUGUUUUCAGUCCCUUCUGUAAAAAUGAACUAAUUACUGGAACUUACAGCACAUGUAUGGGGUUAUUUUAAACACAUAUACCUACAUCUCAGGCAUCAAAUUAUUGCUGCACCUCUGUAUGGCAGAUGUACAAGUGAUAUGCAAUAUUAACAUUACUUCUGAUCAUGUGUAUCAAGCAUGCAAUGUAAAGAUCAGUCCAUUUUUCCAGUACAGGUUUUAAUACUUUCGACAGUCAUGUCAAACAUUUGUGCCUCAAACGAUUACGGUCUGCAUUACGAAUAAUUUUUAUGCUCGAGACGAGCUACCUACAUUUUUAACCAAAGCGAAAGAAAUAAUUAAAAAAAACAACAACCCUG